CUUCUAGGAGAACUUAUGACAGCCAUAAGGACAAAAACAAAUCUACAUUUCGGUUUGUAUCACUGUCUGUAUGAAUGGCUCAACCCUCUGUACAUUAAUGAUAAAGCGAAUAACUGGAAGUCAUAUGAUUUCGUUAGGACUAAAGCUAUGCCUGCCCUUUAUGAGAUAGUUAAUAAAUACCAACCUGAUAUUGUAUGGUCUGACGGCGAUUAUGAAGCUCCUGACACAUACUGGGGAUCUACCGAGUUUCUAGCAUGGCUUUAUAAUGACAGUCCAAUUAAGGAUAUUGUUGUAACCAACGACAGAUGGGGAAUAAAUGAUACUUGCAAACAUGGUGGAUAUUGGACUUGUAAAGACAGAUAUAUGCCCACCAAGGUACCACCCAAAAAGUGGGAAAACACCAUGACUAUUGAUAAAGGUUCAUGGGGAUUCAGGCGGAAUGCAAAUCUGGAAGACUAUCUUACUAUUGAGGAAUUACUUGCUAUUUUCAUUCAAACGGUUAGUCUUGGUGGUAAUAUGUUAAUGAACGUCGGACCACAGAAAGAUGGCGUAAUAGCACCAAUAUUAGAAGAAAGGUUACGUCAAGUGGGAGCAUGGAUGGGAAUUAAUGGGGAAGCUAUUAGAGGAACUAACCCAUGGACGACUCAAAAUGAUACGAUGGUUCCAGAUACAUGGUACACUAAGAAAGAUUCGACCGUUUAUGCCUUAGUAUUAACAUGGCCAUCCAAUGGAGUUCUCAGUUUAUCUGCACCUAUGCCAACUUCAAACACCACGGUUAAUAUGAUCGGAUAUUCUGGUCAGUUUGAAUGGCAGAAGCGUUCUGGUGGCGGUAUUGACAUUAUGUUUCCAAAUAUACCAAUAGAUAAAUUACCAGUGAAAUAUGCGUGGGUUUUGACAUUGUCAAAUUUAGAAAAUGCUUAA